UACGGCGAGUGUCUCGCUGUGAUCAAAGUUACGAGCAGUAAUUGAGUGAAAAUCUUUUCAUGUGCGAAUGAGAUUGUGUGAGGAAAAAAUGGCGGAAUCAGGAAACAGUCUAUUUGACGUUUGUUUGAAAGGAACUGAUACUGUGAUUACGGAGAUCGGAUCUCUUGGAACCUCCUAAGAAUGAGGCCACAACACUUGUGAUAAGCAUGCGACUUAGGUUUGUCAAGAUAUUGCUGGUGCUCGCAUUACUGGGAAGUAUAAUAGUCUGGCACAGAAUAUGGAGGUUAUUCACGGCGCAACGAGCGCUUCAAGCUUCGACGCCGGGCGUUUCGAUGCCGGAGGUGCCCCAGAAGUUCCAUCAUCGUCUAGCACGUCUCGUUACUGUCAUAAUACGACAGUUCGAGACAUUCGAGAACGACGUCGCUUCCACGGUGGAGUCUGUUUUAACCUCCUUUCCUACGGUACCGAUAUUGAUAGUCUGCGAUGAGCUACCUUAUCCUCCGCUGGAGCUGGACUUUGCUAACGAGAGUAUGCGGAACGUCAGGCUCAUCAAUUUGCAGCCAGCGUUCAACAAAUCUUUUGAGGAACGGAAUCCUUUGUCGUAUAUUCGCACAAAGUUUGUAUUCUUCUUGCCCGAUGCUACAAGGCUGACAACAAGACAAGUCAUACAGGAUAUUAUGACAUAUGUAACUAAAUUUGGAGCAGUAGCAGUUCCUGUCGGAAAAGGUUCCCUUAAUUGUCUUGGAAUGGGAUUAAAAGUGAAAGAGUGGACAUUGAGAUUAACUACCAUUGCCGGGACAGAAUGUGAUGCAGUAAUGGGUAAACAUGCCACAGCGAUGGAAUCAAAAACGUUAAGAAGACUUUCGGAUCCUUUUUUGUUACCAUUUACCGAUGCAAUGUACGUGCAAACUACAGCGCUUGAAAUAAAGAUUCACAUAAUGAAAAACCACAGAUUCAAUGAGGGCAAACCUUUGUAUCGUAGUCAUCAGGCUCAGUGGAGAGUCCAGCAGCUUCAGCAAAAUCGUGAAAGAAUAAUGUUUGAAAAGUUAGGUAUAAAGAAAGUAACAAGAGCGUCAAAUACAGUUGAAUGGUAUGGAUGCUCAAGAGAAACGAUUCGAUGCUUUGGGCCGGUCAUUAAUGGUGUACCCUCUUACUUAUAUCAGAAUCGAUAUACUCCACCUUGUUGUCUUGCUGGUUUGAGAAAGGUGGCACAUCACGUAAUUGAUAAGCUGGAAGAGGUUGGUAUUCGCUUCUGGUUAGAGGGAAGUUCGUUGUUAGGUGCUAUGAGAAACAAUGACAUUCUACCAUGGGGACACGAAGUUGAGAUAGGAUUUAAUCGUGACGACAUUAUGAGGUCACCCUGGUUAGUUAAGGCUCGAAAUAAACCAGUUGUUGAUAACCAUGGCUUUGUAUGGGAGAAAGCCACCGAAGGUGAAUUUUUCAAAGUACAGUACUCCAAAUUAAAUCGUUUGCACGUGAGUUUAUUGCCCUUUUACGCCAGGAAUGGGACAAUGAUAAGAGAUGCGUGGUUUUUAAAGAAUCGAGAUUUUCCUGAGCAAUUUCUUCACCCGAUGUCGAAUAUAGAAUUUGCAGGUAGACAAGUGCCCAGUCCAAAUAACAUAAGAGAUUUUCUAGAACUGAAAUACUUCAAGGGUGUGGUAGAGAAUCCCGAACUGCCCGGUAAAAUUACAUUCGAGUAGUUCUUAUGACACUUUUUGUCCCUUCGAGGCUAUCCAAUUGCUACUAGUCUUAUGAAUUUUUACUCAAUGGCUUUAAUAAUAUUAGCUGUAUACAAGUGAGCCAGCUAAGCUUGAAACAGUUGCAUAUUUUUUACGUGUAUGCAUAAUUAUUCAAUUUAGGUUUCUUUAUGCAUACAUCUGUAUACAUUUAAACUUCUAAGAUCUCGAAUUUUGUUUAACAAAAUGAUUCCUUCUAAUUUUUUAAGUACUGUUCUUGCUGGGUGAGCGCUCCCAAAAUUACCCAGCUUUUUGUAAUAUUUUGUAAAAUAUUACGAAGGAAAUAACUUGUUGCAUAGUUCUUACGUAAAUACUCAAGUUAUAUUAUAAUAAAUAUAUAUAUAUAAUAUAUACUAUAUUGUAAAUGUUAAUGCGGUGCCAAAUAACGUCUCAGUACUGUUAACCUCAUAGAACUCAGAAAGACUGUUUUUCUAUUCUAAAUAAGUUCCAAAUACCAAGUUUCACUUGAUUAGUCAUUAUUCUUAGCAGUAUCCGAUAAAUAUUACAAGAUGGCUGUUCAUAAUUUCCUGUUCAUGAUUAGUAGCAAAUAUGUGAUGCAAGCAUUUAAAAAAAAUAUGCAUUAAUUUCUUUUAUACGCAGUUUACAUUAUUCGCAUCCAAUAAGACAUAGGAAUUUUAAUAUGGUACUAUACCAGAUUAUGUAAAACGAAAAUGAACUUUUGAGAUAAUUAUACAAAGCUACGACAUAAAAGUUAUAGAGGAAAUUUGUAUCGUUCACAAAUUCUUCAUAAUCUCUAUACUCCUCUAACAAUUAUUCUACGUGUUUUCCACAGUUUAAGCCAGAAUGGAAUUAUUUACAAGUUAUUCUCUUAAACUAGAAGAGAACGUUUAUAUAGAUUGCACUAAUAACCAAAUAUGAUCUACAGCUCAGAUAAUCGUAAAGAUUUUUUUCAUUAUCAUGAAAUACGGCUCAGUAACAGAUUCCUUUAAUAAUGUGAUAUAUUUUACAUUUUUCGAAGAAAAUCAAAAGAAGUGCGUUAAGAAAUGAUCUUUGUAGAUAGUUCGACAAAGUAGUAAAAGCGUAAAUAUACGUAUAAUACAUUGUCCGAAGUGAAUGUAUAGGGUAAACUUGGUUAUUUAUACUUGGAAAA